AUGACAAACAAUAACCUGACGUUGGGGACGAGCCUCGCUGCUACCACGCAGUCCCCCCCAGCCGUUACAAGGUCGCUGGACCCAGAGUUCGAGGCAGAAGGACCGCCGCCAGGUUUUGACAGCAUUACCACAGUUUCUUCCCAGACUGUGGUGACGAAUCCGUUUCUUUACAUGCCCUCACAACUGCAGUCGAGGGAGUUAGGGGGAACUAGCGGUAAUAUGUUUACCCCAGCGACAACAACCAAUGCACAGGCUUCACGCCUCUCCUCCGUCCCUGUUAUCACAUCGGCAAGCCCCAGCACCAUCAUACCACAAACUAGCGUGCCUCAAUACUAUCAACCUCUGACUUCCAACUCGAUGCCACCGCUAUACUCAGCGGCGCUUACAGCGGCAUUGUCAACACCGCCUCAUCAGCCGGUCGUCAUGCCGGCCGGAAUUAUGAACGCCCCCGUCACACCAGGAAACCAAGUAUACUUCCCUGGGUAUUGUUAUGCACCCCCUUAUGGAUAUUUACCCUCGUAUGGGGGUUCGGCAUAUCCGCUCCAGGGAACCGCGCAGGGUAGCACUCAAUCGCCAUACGCGGCUUACAUGCCGCCUUGGUGGAAUGUCCCAACACCACAACCGGUUUACACCCAGACUCCGCCUACCGCUGAACCUGUUUACGACAGGGGAAACACGGUCAGGCCUCGGGUGUCUCCAAUAGGAAAUUCCAACCCUAUAGUGGGUACUGCCCCGGGUAUGGACGCCCCACCAGCACAGCCUAUAAAUGUGGAAGAAGACGAACUCACCAGGCCGUACAAGCCGAUAGACGCGACGUUCCGGUCUAAAUUCACUCGAAGAAUCGCCGAGGCUCCUAUCAAGGAGAAACCCAAGAUGCCCCAAACGGUUGGCAAGUAUGAUGGCCUCGCCGACCCGGAUGACCACCUCAACUUAUUCAAGAGCGCCGGCGAGGUAGCCUGUUGGUCCAUGCCCUUAUGGUGCAAAAUGUUCGUACAAACGCUAGUGGGCGUGGCCCGAGUCUGGUGGGAUAGCCUGCCUACAGGUGAGAUAGACAACUUUGAAGAUUUAGAAUCGAAAUUUAUCUUACAGUUUAGCCAGUAG